AUGUCCAUUCCAUCGCUGCGUCAAGUGCACACUCCUGGAGCUCGGGCAUCGAAAAAUCAUCUCAAAGACGUGCUAUGUGAAUUGGGACGUUCGGAUCCAAGUUGUGACGGACAAAUUGAACAUCACGUGGUUGUGUUCCACUCGCGUCACAUCGGUGCCCCUGUAAGAAGUCACACUUUGCGAGCACCUGCUGUGCAGUCUGCAGAUCGACUUCAACCCCUGACUUUGAUGGACUCCGGUCGUCUAACAUGGGCUUUGGUGUCGCCUUCGACGACGCACUCGGUAGCCUAUCUCAAGUCCCCCCUGCUCACGUCUGCAACGAGCCGUCACGGCAAAACUUACGGGGUGUAUCUGGCCCUGCUCUGGAUGUUUGACGACAAUCAAAAAUGGGCGCGAGGAUAUCUGGUGCACAAGAUCGACGGUCCAGAGCCGCUUCCAAAGAGCUACGUCCCGGUUUUCUCAGCCCAUGGUCCCCGUGUUGUCGUCGAACCUCGUUUCCCAUGGCGGCAUGGCCCAUGUGUUCUAGACACCUACAACAUCAUCGUCGUGCAGUCCGUCUUCGUGUCUCCUAUUCCUCCGCCCGAGUCGCCGAACUGCCUCGAUCCGACCAACGCAUCGCUCGUCGAAUCCUAUUUCGACGAGGACUACGAAGCGGAAUUGAGAGAUUAUGUGGCCGACAUACGGCCGUCACGACUCCGGGAGAUGAAGGAGGCUGGUGUCAACAUCGAGGAUCUGGGUGAUGAAAGCCCGUCCUGGGCCAGCUUUGGCACGUUCAAGAGCCGACACGCGUGUGCUGCGCCUGGUGCCUGGGAAGCUCCUGCCUCGAUUUCUGCGCGCGUCAGUUUCGACGUCGAAACUCUCCAGGAACUACUACCUCGGAGUCAAUUGGAUAGUGAAAUUGCGGAGAUCGAACGAAUUCGGGCCCGGCACUCGCGCUCUAGCGCAACACAGCUUAUGUAUUGGAGAUUUGGUCAAUCCUUGUGCGGCAUACCCGACAACCCUCUGCUGGAAGAGAUCUCCGACCUGGAGAAUCCUGCGUUGAUAGAGAUCUGCGCCGGUCUCUCUGACCCUGACCCCGACCCCGAGCCUGUUGCAGAAUUCGACGAGGAGGGGCACCCGGUGUACUCUCCAGCGGAUGAUCUGGUUUACACACGGAUGUCCAGGCCUUCAUUUCCGGAUAAAGGUUUUGACUGGCUCCCACCUAUAUCCCCGGCCGACAUCCAGAUCGUCUACGUCGAUCUAUAUGGAACUCUCAUUGACGACGAAACCGGCAUCUACAAUGGAUUAAUCACGGCGUUGAACCAGGUCAUAUGCCCUCUGAGCCGAUCACAGGCGCUCACCCUGUACUUUGACAUUGAGGAUGAUCUGAAGAGACGACUCCCCGGCAGUCCUUAUGUGGAAAUCCUCGCAAAAUGCUAUGAAGAAUUCCAUCUCCGACUCGGACUGAAUUGUGAGCCGGGUGACAUCAAGCACUUUGUCGAAUCGUUCUUCGAGUGGCCACUGUUCCCCGAUGCUAUUCAAAGCAUGUCUCAACUCAAGCCGACUGUGCUCGUUCUAGCCGGCGUCGUUGACGUCGAUGGCGAAACAUUGUCGAAAUGCGCUGCCUUCCGAGCGCUGCAGCCCUACUUCACUGAACUCCUCACAUGGGAUGCUGUGAGGUGUUACCGGCCCCGCAAGGAUCUUUACGACCGAAUUUUCCACUACCAUGACACAUUAAACAUCCCGCGGGCCUGUUGGACGAUAAUAUCUGGCAGUUUAUUUCGGGAUAUCGAAGCGGUGAGAUCAUUCGAUGUCCCGGGAAUGUGGGUCAGGCGAUGGGGAACGCUCACCGCAAAUUUUCAAGAAAGAACAUGCAUCAUAAAGCACGCUUGGGCCAUCUGUGGCGAUGUUUUGGACGCUGUUACCCGCAUAGUCUUACACAAAGCACUCCCUAGCUUGUAGUAAUUCUCUUUGUCAAUCUUCCUGCAGUAAAUAUCUUCGACGGACCGCUUUUCCAAA